GAGCAACGCUCUCCAUUGACAGACUGGGGAGAGCAGAGUGCCGACCACUCUCUAAAGCCAAGGUUUAGCGGAGUAAAAGUUUGAGGAAAACGCCACUCACCUUGAUUCUUUCAGCGUUUGCCAGUCUUCCCUGCUACCACUUCAGUCAUGGUGAUCUGCCGCUGCUGUGGGAACUGUUCUAACAUUCUCAUAUGCUUUGCUGAUUUGAAGUGACUGUUGAUUGUCGACUUUCUCUACUUUCCUCUCUACUUUCCAAAAACAUUUGGAAAUUGUUUUGCACUGUCGUUUAGCUGUUAUUUUUGUUGGUAAAUGAGAUUGAUUUCUGUUCAUUGUCAGCCAACAAUAAUCACCCAUCUUCGCCGUGAAUACGCUGACAGGCCAGGGGGAAAAACUUUGUUGACGUGUGGUUGGAUUGGGCCAUUUUUCACGGUAACAGUGCAGUAAUUGGUCAAAAUUACGAACUCGCUUUUGAUUGGACCCUUUUAUGCGCGGGCAGUGCGGGAAUUGGUCAAAAUUGCAAGCUCUCGCAUAUGCGCGGUUUGGUUGAUUUUUGCUGUAGCUCUCCUAAACUGACAACAGAUGGCGCCAGGGUAUGAGAGUCAAAAAAAAGGUCUCAGUCUUGAGGAGAAGAGGACUCGCAUGAUGGAGAUUUUCUUCGAGACACAUACCGAGGAGAAACAAAGGAAGAUGUCUCUGCAGCAGGCUGUCGACAAAUCAAAAGUAGGACGUGAAGAAACCGAGGAGCGGGCCACUCUUCUAAAGGAACUGCAGGCUCUGAGGGAGAAGAGGAGUCAUCUGAAGGCAAAGCUGGAGAAGUACAGGGAGUGUGACCCGGAAGUGAUCGAGGAGAUGAGAAAGUCCAAUGUCACAGCUAAAGAGGCAGUGUCCAGAUGGACAGAUAACGUCUUUGCCAUCAAGUCGUGGGCCAAGAGGAAUUUUGGUUUCGAUGACGGACGCAUCGAUAAAGCCUUCGGGAUACCUGAAGACUUAGAUUACAUUGACUGACUGCAUGAUCUGUAAUUUCUAUUGUUUUUGUUAAUUGAGUGACAGUCAUUGCACACAUUGCAACGCAAGUCAGACAUGUUACUUAAAUCCACGCAGGCAAGCCCCUCAAAAACAGCCUUGUGCUUUUCGUAGUUGACUUGGAGCAGCUUCCAUUUUGACGUUCGCUCAUGGCCCUCGCAGGUGCAAAUGCUGCUUCUGUGGCACUUGAGAAGGCGCUGUGCCCUGUAAAUGUGCUUUAUAGUUUCGUGGCUCUGUAGACUCGAGACAGGAUUUCAGGUUUUGUUGUUGAAAACAUGAUGGAUGAUUUGUUUGAAUGGAGAAGUCAAAGUCUUUGUUAUAUUUUCAUAACUGUUGUCUUUCCACAGGCCUACAUGUACCUUAAUUGAUUUCAUAUGCCUUGAAUUUCCAAGCAACAGGGUGAAUGCAUCACCUUUCAUUUUCUGUCAACUGGAAUGUGGCGAAAACCUCUCAAACAUAAAGGGCAGCACUUUUCUAUUGUACUCUGGGAUUUAUUCCAACGUGGUAAGAGCAGAAGGUGUAUUGUAGUUGUGAUUGGUUCAGAAUUAUUUUGUGCUUUUGCUGACUUUAAGUUUUGAAUGUUUUUGUCAAACUGCACAAACAAUGGGUAGAAUUGCUGUGCUCAUGGCGUUGACUCCAGAUGCCAUUGUACUAUUAGGGGUGAAAUAUCAACCGAUUUGUUCAAAAUUAAAGUAUCCACACAGAUCAUACCUACCUCUUCAGGUUGUUCAAACUGUA